CCAAGGUUGAAUUUCACUGGAAACUGCCUAGGAUACUAGGAUGGAUGUACAAACCCAAUGUACUUUUAGGUAACCCCGCCAAAAACUUUAGGAGCCACACCCCACGCUCAGGUCAUAAAGAUUUCCAUCAUUGAACAAAUUUGUGAUUCUCUCUUGCACAUCACGAAAAAUAAUAACUAACCAGCAUACUUCGACACGACGAAGCGCAUAUUUCCCGCGACAACAUCGGAAAGAGUACGAUACCCAUAUAUAUCCUGCGAAAGAGAAAAUAACUCUUGGAUUUACGACUCGCAAACAACUUUUAACCCCGCCGAAGCGCGCGAUCUCGGGCCAACAACCGGCUUUUUCUAUCAGACUAUCUUGAAAUUGCCUACCGCUACUGUUGCCCAAGAUGUCGUUGACAAACUGUCGCUUCUACGAGGAGAAGUAUCCGGAGAUCGAUAGCUUCGUCAUGGUCAAUGUCAAGCAGAUCGCCGAUAUGGGUGCUUAUGUCAAACUCCUCGAAUACGACAACAUCGACGGCAUGAUUCUACUCUCCGAACUUUCCCGACGUCGUAUUCGAAGUAUCCAGAAGUUGAUCCGAGUCGGACGCAAUGAAGUUGUGGUGGUGCUCCGUGUUGACAAGGAGAAGGGAUAUAUCGAUCUUUCGAAGCGCCGAGUCUCUCCGGAAGAUAUUGUCAAGUGCGAAGAGCGAUACAACAAGAGCAAGAUGGUUCAUUCGAUCAUGCGCCACGUUGCCGAGAAGACGCAAACUCCUAUCGAGACCCUCUACGAAAGCAUAGCUUGGCCAUUGAACAAGAAAUUCGGUCACUCCAUCGACGCAUUUAAGCUCUCCAUAACGAACCCUGAUGUAUGGAGCGAUAUCACAUUCCCUAGCGAACCGGUGGCCGAAGAGCUGAAAUCGUACAUCGGAAAGCGUCUUACUCCUCAGCCUACGAAAGUUCGUGCCGAUAUUGAGGUUACAUGCUUUGAAUACGACGGCAUCGAUGCUGUGAAGGCAGCAUUGAGAACAGCCGAGGCGCGGAAUACCCAGGACAACCAAGUGAAGGUUAGACUUGUUUCUCCGCCGCUCUACGUUUUGACGAGCACGUGCCUAGACAAGAAUGUCGGUAUCCAGCGGUUAGAGGAGGCUAUUGUCGACAUCCGCAACAGCAUUACGAGCGCGGGUGGCCAACUUGUCGUCAAGAUGGAGCCGAAGGCAGUUACAGACUCGGAUGAUGCCGAGCUACAAGCAUUGAUGGAGAAGCGGGAACGUGAAAACGCGGAGGUUAGCGGUGACGAGAGCGUUAGUGAGAGUGAUGACAACAUCCCCGAGACUGUCUAAGUCGUCUCUCUGUUGGUAGUAUGAUUUCAAUAGGUUACACCGUAAAGGGGUAUAUGGCUAGGUAAAAGGUACUAUAGGUGCCUGGCGGUCUUGACAUUCAUGGAACAUAAAAGUACCUGGUGCCUAGCAUGCGAAUAGAGCAUUUUGUUUUCGGAAUGAAAUAAAAUACGCAAUACUUCGGAAUUAGUAUCCUGCUUGGUUGCUUUUGUAAGUGUUUAAUUCUUGAUAUGAACGCAAAUUGUGGCAUUUCGAUAUUUGAGACGUGUUGGUGUGUUGACACGAAGAAGUGAUGCUCUGGAAAUCAGUCCUGUUUGACUUCAUUUAUCUAUUUAUCCAAUGUUCCGACUAUGACUAAACAAAUAUCUUCUUAAAAGAGAAUAUGCGUAUAAGAUCUACUAUUCACUUUCGCCGGUGGAG